AUGCCGCUGGGGGUAUCUGCUGCUGCGGGAGAGCCUGGCAGGGAGCCGACCGUUGCAGCAUCUAGCGCCGUGACUGGUGCGUCAGAGGUUGAUGUGGAGGAGAGGGACAAGGAAGACAAUGACAAGGUCGAAGGGAGGCCAGCUGGCGAUGCCUUGUUUGUCUCCAUGACAUCCAACAUUCCGUCAAUAGCCAGACGCAAGGCAGUGCGGACAGCAAGCCCAAAGCCCAGGCGAUCGGCCGGCUCCACAAAAGUCACCCUGCCAUCGCAUGUGCGACUGACCGUGACAGAAACGGCGCUGCCGAGCGGGUUCUUUCGGCCGUCAAACCCGAAUUCGGCCUCGACGGAGCUCUGGGUCAUGGGCACCGGAGGCGGAAGAUCUGGGCAGUACUCGGCCAAGAACAGCUCCUUGACGUUUUCCUUGUACACGUCGUAA